GCUGUGGACUCUGUAAUGACAGAGCUGGGUGAUGACAGCAGCCAAAAGAGUGUGGCUGGUUCCCAGACGUGUACAGGGAAGGGCUGCCCCACCUCACCUCACCUCUCCUGGAUGGCGCGUUCCUCACCCCCGUCACACUGCCGUGUUUAUUGUCCCUGCACUCCCUUCUUCCUACCAGACUAAUUGCACUCUGGGCCAUUGCAGGAUUUCAACAGGCUCCUCUUGCGUGUUUUGUAGAGCUCAAAGAUUCUUCAUAUAACAAACUUUGAAGUCAACACUAUGCAAUUAUCCUGUGGAAAGAUUUUCAUUUUUCUGCUUGUAAGGCUGCAAUGGAACAAAAGCAAUACCAAGGGCAUGAAAGUAAAUGGAGCAGGUGAUAGCAAUGGCUCAAUUAGAGAUAACAAUUGGUCUACAGUGCAAUCAACUUCAUGGAGAUUGGUUCCGACUGCAACUACUGCCAUAAAUCCUUCUAUCAUCAGUCAUGCUGCACCAGCAACGGCCAACGUCAAAGAAAAUGUAGCAGAAACAACAGAGAUGAGCAGUCAGCCAAACAGCACACCCCCAACAUCCACUGAUGGCACCACUUUAUCUUCAGUUGCCACUACAGUAUCUAAAGAUGGAAUAAACAACUCUGCCACAACCUUCAACAGAAUCCCAGUAUCUUUAGCGACACUUACAACAACAAGUGAGCUUUCUCGACUGACCAAAAGUGCUGCAGCUACUUCUACGUCCACAGAGAAAUCAAGUAACUCCACAGUCACCUACGGCACACCUUCGGCUGUGGUGCUCCCCAGUGAUAAUUCUUCAGCCAAUGCCACCACAUUGUUCCCCACCAGCGUUGCUCUGACAUCACCCACAGUGAAGGAGGAGGGUACCACAACAAACUCCAGCACCAUUCUGCAGGCAACUGAGCUGAACCAUAAUUUCAGUAACUCUUCUACUGCAUUGCCUGAUUCAAAAGAUGCCAAUGCAGACAAAAUGAACAAAGGAGAAGUAAUAGUUGGUGUCAUUGUAGGAGCCAUUUUGUUGUCUAUAUUAAUUGGUGUGAUUGGGUAUUUUAUAUGUGGUAAGAAGAGGUCUGAGUCUUUUUCCCACAGACGGCUUUAUGAUGAUACAAGGAAUGACCCAGUUCUCCACUUAGACAACUCACUUGGACCAUAUGAUACAAGUUUUGGAUAUGUGCCAGAUGACAGAAGCAGCACAGCACACAAGGCAGUGGAAGACAACUUAGGCUGCCCAUCUGACGGCAUUCCUAUGGCUGACAUGACACCAUCCCACCUUUCACUGUAAUGUCAGCUUCAGAUUAUCUUCUCACCUGUUACCCUCAUGCUUUCCUUUUUCCAAAAGGACCUGGCAGCUGUUCUGUUACAACUAUUAGUGUGCAAACGUUUUGGAAAGCAAAGGCAAAAAUCACAAGAUAAAGGGACAGGCAGCAGGCAGGGCCCCCAUCACUCUUUGACUUUGUAAUUAAGUGAUCAACCUAUGGCUUUGCUGGAAGGAUAUUAUACUUGCUUUAUUAGAAAUAAUAUAGACAAAUAGCAUCCAGGUAAAAUUCUGCCUUGGGUAACUUCUGGUCACGAAUGUGGACAUUCUAUGAAUUCCCCCUUUCACUAGAACCUCAGCCUCAGCUGAAAAC